GCGAAGCGAGCCAUGGCACACGUGUUUAGUGGCACUGCCUCUGCCGCCGCUGCCGCGCCGCACCAUAGCGCGUUCAUCGGCGUCGCGCUGAUCGCUGCCAAGCUGGUCUGCUGCUGGUGCUGCUGGUGCCGACGCGCAGCGAGGCCGAGCCCUUCGCCAUCUUUGGCCGCGACGGGCAAGUCGCGCGGCAUCGCGCUGCGCGGGGGCGCGGGCCCGUCGAUUGAAUUCUAGCGCAAAAAGCGUCCGAAGCCCGCUGCAGGUAACCCGGAUAGCCCCCUGUGCCUCCACCUCCCGAGGGCGGGUGAUAGCGUGCCCAUGUCGCACUAGUGCGUGAGGUGCGUGUUUCCCCGCGGGCCCCCGCCGCUCUUCUUGUUUCUACGU